UAUUUAGUAGAGUGUACUGUCGGUGAGAUAGCAUUUACUGCCUUCACGUAUUUUUAUCAUAAUAACAAAGACCUGGUAACUACGUUGCUGCAACUGAGUCUCAUUACCCGUGCGACACCCCAAGCGAACGGUCAUAAGAACUCCAAUCCAAGUCUUCCAACACAAAGACGAACCCAAAAUCAUGUCACAGAGCAUCAGCUAUACCUACUCAGAUAGCAAUGGAGUCGCAGCCGCCCCCAGACGCAAGGUGGCCAUUGUAGGUGCCGGUCUGGUUGGCUCCUUGGCCGCCCUGAACUUUGCACAGAUGGGCAAUGAGGUCGAUCUGUACGAGUAUCGCGAGGAUAUACGGAAGGCGGAGUUGGUCCAAGGACGCAGCAUCAAUUUGGCGCUGUCGCAGCGGGGUCGCAAGGCACUCGCCGCGGUUGGGCUCGAGGAGAAGGUGCUGGCGACAGCGAUACCGAUGCGUGGCCGAAUGUUGCACAAUGUGCGCGGACGCACCAGCAUCGUGUUGUAUGAUCCGUGCACCAAGCAGUGCCUCUACUCGGUGGGUCGCAAGCAGCUGAACGAGCUGCUGCUGAAUGCCUGCGAUGCAUUCCCCAACAUCAGCUGCCACUUUGAGCACAAACUGGCCACGGCCAACAUUGCCGAGGGCCAAAUGCAGUUCCGGCGGCCCAACGAGCCGCAGCUAAUCUCGGCCAGCGCCGAUUUGAUUGUCGGCUGUGAUGGCGCCUUUAGUACGCUGCGUCAGCAGCUUGUCCGCACUCCGGGCUUCAACUACUCGCAGGAGUACAUCAGCACCGGCUAUCUGGAGUUAUGUAUUCCCGCCAAGGAUGGCGAGUUUCAGAUGCCGCCCAAUUAUCUGCACAUUUGGCCAAGGGAUUCGUUCAUGAUGAUUGCCCUGCCCAAUCAGGACAAGUCAUUUACGGUCACGCUCUCCAUGCCCUUUGAACUGUUUGCCGAGCUGAAGACGCACCAGCAGCUGUUGGACUUCUUUCGUCAGCACUAUGUGGACGCACUGCCGCUCAUUGGCGAGCAGCAGCUCAUCAAGGACUUCUUCAAGACACGGCCACAGCAUUUGCUGUCCGUCAAAUGCAAGCCGUAUCAUUUUGCCGACAAGGCACUGAUCCUGGGCGAUGCUGCACACGCCAUGGUGCCAUAUUAUGGCCAGGGCAUGAACGCCGGCAUGGAGGAUCUGACGCUGCUCAGCUCGAUACUCAGCCAGCAGCUGCCACUGGAUGUGGCACUCGCUCAGUUCACGGAGUCGCGCUGGCGUGACGCCUACGCCAUCUGCGAUCUGGCCAUGUACAACUAUGUGGAGAUGCGUGAUUUGACCAAGCGUUGGUCCUUUCGCUGCCGCAAGUGGCUGGACACGACACUGUUCCGGCUGUUCCCCCGCCGUUGGGUGCCGCUGUACAACAGCGUCUCCUUUAGCAGCAUGCCCUACAGCCAGUGCAUCGCCAAUCGCCAGUGGCAGGACAAGCUGCUGGGCCGCCUGAUGACCUUUACGCUCCUUGCCAGCCUGAUCGCCGGUGGCGCCAUCUAUGCAAGGCGUUUGCGCUAAUGCAUCAAUAUUCUUAUCAUAAUCAAAUUGUAUAUUUGUGCUAAAUUUUAUAGAA